AUGGGUCUAUUGACGAAAGGUAAUCCACUUAGUUGGAAUGACAUUGUUUUGAUACGUGAAAAAAUUCACAUGGCAGCAUUGGUAGAAUUAUUACAAAUCUUUGAAUUAAACAAAGAUCGUCAAGGAGAUAGUUUUAUGUGGGUCUUUCGCGAUACGGCAACUCCAUCACCAUUUUGUGAUGUUACAUUCGAAAAUAAAAGCAAUAUUAUUGAUGAUCAUAUUCAUUUAGAUAGUAGUAUGGCUGGUUUAGGUUGUUGUUGUAUUCAAGUUAUAUUUCAAGCAGAAUCAUUAAAAGAAAAUCUUAAACUUCAUGAUGAAUUAUUACCAUUAACAAGAAUUAUGUGA